AAAAAAAUAAAUAACUGAACAGUAGUGGGGAGUUAAUUGUCACCGCCGUCAAAAACAGCAGCAGAAAAAUUCGAAAAACCCUUCUUUCCCAAUGUCGACGGAAACUGUAAACCCUGAAUUGAACGUCGAGGAGUCAUCGGAGAAGCUCCAUUCGCCGGUAAUCGUGAAAUCGGAAUUGAAUGGAGAUGACUCAUCGGAGCACCUUCAGUUGCCGGAAACUCUGAAAACUGAAUUGAAUGGCGAGGAUUCAUCGGAGCAGCUCCAUUCGUCGGUAAUCGUGAAAUCGGAAUUGAACGGAGAUGAAACAUCGGAGCAGCUUAAGUUGACGGAAACUCUUGCGGAACCGACGGAGAAACGAAAGCGAGAAGGAUCAGAAACAGUAACAGAAACAGAGCAAAAACAACAAAAUCCAUUAUGGAAGACGACACUUUGUUCUUACUUUCGAAGAAAUGAUGGUUCAUGUAGCCAUGGUGAAUCCUGCCGUUACGCUCAUGGUGAAUCAGAGCUCAGGGUCCGACCCGAUAAUACAUGGGACCCGACUUCUGACCGGGCGAAGAAGAUGGCUAAGACGGCUGCUGACGACGACGGGGAGAAGGCAGAGGAUAAAGAAGAGAAGCGCAAUGACGUUAUGAUGACUGAGGCGUUAGACGAUGACGAAUGUUCUUCGGUUUCUGGGUUGUCAAAAUGCUUGGUGAACCUUCCCAUGAAGUGGAGUUCAGAUAAUUUAAGGUGUUUCCUCAAAGAACAUGGUGUUACUUUUAAAUCAGCAAAAAAGAAGAAAGGCAUGGCUGUAGGAUUUGCUACUUUUGAAAAUGCAGAACAAGUGAAAACUGCUGUGAAGGAGUUGGAUGGAAAGCCUGCUGGCAACAAGAUUUUAAAGGUUGGAGAUAUUAUUCCGCGGGCAUUUGAGAGAAAAGGUAAUUCGGCAAUGUCCUCAUUUCACAACAAUCAACAAGGUGAAAAGCAAACCGAAACUGGAGACGGUUUGGAUUUGACUAAAAAAUCAGAGGAAAGUGAGGCUGAGGACCCAGUGACCAGUGAUUCAGUUCUGAAGGGUAGGUGUGUUCGGGAUGUGGUGACUCCUCUUGCUAAAAUGCCAUAUGCUGAUCAACUGGAGCAGAAGAAGAGCUCUUUGACGCGAACUCUCAAAACACUUACUCGAAAUGCACGUAAAGCUUGCCCGAAUGGCGUUCCACUUCCAGAAUGGAUUCUCAAAGCUAGGGAAAUAGGUGGUCUUCCAUGCGAACUAGAGGGAAUAAUUGAAUCGCCACUUAUCACUGGAUAUCGAAACAAGUGUGAGUUUUCUGCAGGAUUCUCUGUACUAGGAAAGCCAACUGUGGGAUUUCAGCUUGGAAAUUUCAGGGAGGGUGUGACAGCUGUUGAGGAACCCGUGGACUGCCCAAAUGUUUCCAGAAUUGCCUGUAAAUAUGCUGCUAUCUUUCAAGAAUUCUUACAACAGUCAACCCUACCUAUUUGGAACAGAUUGAAUAAUACCGGAUUCUGGCGUCAACUUACUGUUCGAGAAGGUCGCAUGCCUGGUAAAAUUGUAGAGGUGGAAAAUCCCAGUGCAAACAUUUCAGAGGUUAUGCUGAUUGUUCAGGUUUCCACUCUGUCUUUUGACGAUGCAUUAGUCAAUGAUGAACUUCAAGGAUUGGCCAAAGCAUUUGCUAUGGGAGCUUCUAUUGCAUCACCAACAUUACCUCUUACUGCCCUGGUAGUUCAGGAUCACACUGGUAUAUCAAAUGUAGCACCAGCAGAUGCUCCUCUACGUGUACUUCCAUUUCCCAGAGAGGAAAGCUAUUCUGAACUGCAUGCAGAUAAUGCAGUUGCUGAAGCAAAAAUUCACGAUUAUAUUAAUGGACUUAAGUUUUGUAUUUCGCCGACGGCCUUCUUUCAGGUGAACACCCUUGCUGCAGAGAAGUUAUACUCUCUUGCAGGGGACUGGGCCAGCUUGGGUCCUGAUACCUUACUUUUUGACGUUUGCUGUGGAACUGGAACAAUUGGUCUUACUCUGGCAAAUCGAGUUGGUAUGGGAGAAAAAAGAUUCCAGUUUAAGGAAGUAGUCAAGCAUUUGGCUAGUCAAGAAGGAAAAUGGGUUGUGGGCAUUGAAAUGAAUGCUUCUGCUGUUUCUGAUGCUCAAAGAAAUGCUGAAAUCAAUGGGAUAAAGAACUGUAGAUUUAUUUGUGGAAAGGCAGAGGAUGUCAUGGGAUCUGUACUGAAAGAAUAUCUUGCUUCACCUGCGAAAGUAGAUGGACUUCUAGAUAUAGAAGAAAAGAAAAACCAAGAAAAUACUACUUCCACUGAGAAGACUGAUUCUAUAGUUAAUGCAUCGAAAACAGAUGGGGAAUCAGGUAUUGGGUCUGAAAAUGGUAAAAGCAUGUGCAUUGAUCAAGAUUCUACACCUACUGAGAAUAUGUAUUCUACGGAUAGCGCCGCUGAACCGGAGGAAAAAACAGGCCUUGAGUGUACCAAUGGUAAAAGCUUGUCAGAAUCUUCAGCAGAUGGCACUACAGAACCAGCAACCCAACUUAAGAAGUGUUCAUCAGAUAAUUUGACCACUCCAGUGCAACAUUUCAAGAAUGUUGUUGCAAUUGUAGAUCCUCCACGUGCUGGACUUCAUCCCACUGUUAUCAAACUUUUAAGGACUAACUCACGUCUAAGGAGGCUUGUUUACAUUUCCUGUAAUCCUGAAAGCUUGGUUGCAAACGCUAUUGAGCUCUGCACACCUUCUCCAGACGAAUCGGAAAAGGGGGAUAAUAGGAACAACAGAUUAUGGAGGAAGAUGAGCAGCGCUACUCUUGCACGACAUAGGACCAAAUCUAUGCCCAAUUCAGAGCCUUUUAAACCUGUCAAAGCCAUGGCUGUUGAUCUUUUUCCACAUUCUCCUCAUUGUGAACUGGUGAUGCUUCUGGAGAGGUAAAUUUAUCUAUUUCCUUAAGUGAUAAUCUUGAGUAGCCAUAUUUAUGUGAGGAAAUAGAAAUGUUCCUUUAGAUUUGUUCUCUCAAUGUGGAAAACAAGGGAUGCGCUUUCGACAAACAGUUACUUGAUAUCUGUUACUGAUGGCAGUUUUGAGUCAAUCUUUUACUCGUGGAAGAUUUCCAUAAUUUUGUUUUGUAACUUUUUCCUUAUUUUAUUACCAAUUUCCAGUUUCCUGAUUCCCUGUUCGAAAAGAAUACCUCUAAUAUUAAUGACAGAUUAUGUUUAUGACCUCUCAUCUAAUUUAAGAUGCUGUAACAAUUUCAAGUGAAAAGUAUUCUGUUAAUGUUAAGUAA